AUGCCCGUGUACAGAGCAGAAGUCACCUGCACGGUCGCCCUAAAGAGUGGAGGUACGGCCACCGAGAAAUUCAUCACCAUCCUCGAACUCAACACGCCCUUGCGAGACCUCGCCAAACUCUUCACCGAAAGUGGACUAUGCCUCUUGGAAGAGGUCUUGGACUUUACGGAAGGCUAUAUGGAGAUGGUGGGAACUGUGCGUGAAUGUCUGAGGCCUGAUGUGGAGCUCUUUGUGAGGGGUCGUCAACUGUCCCAGAAAGAGAUUGAACAAGCGGCGUUCUCAUGGUUCUUCUCCUCGCACGCAAUCUCAACCCCCCUUAUCACUCAAGAGCUGACUCAAGCCAUGAGCACCACUCUCGCUCGAGCAUUGGUCCCCGCCCUUAUCCCCUCCUUAAUCCCUGCUCUCGUUCCAGCACUCGCCCCUGCUCUUGCGCCCGAGUUGAUCCAAAACAUUGCCGCUCUUCAGGGAUCCUCGACACCACCAUCACAACCCCGUUCUCAUCGUCUCAUCGCCUCCUCAUCACACAACAAAAUCAUCACACCACAGGAUAUGGAGUCUGGAUUCAAAACGGCUACCGUCAACAAGGACCCCCACCAUAUCAGCGAGGAGAGCUCGAGCUCGAGUGAGAGCAAUGAUGAAGACAUGGAUCAGGACAGCUCUUCAGAGUCGGAGGAUGAAGGGCCUGAGGCCGCUGUUGAGGAAAUGAAGAUCCAGGAGGAGUCCAGUUCAGGUGAGUCCAGUUCGGACGAGGGCGACAAGGACAACGACGACCAUGAGCACACGAAAGACGCCCCAGCCCAGAUGAUUAAGAAGGCCACGCCUGCCCUGAUCGUCAAGAAGGACGCCGCCCAGAUCAAGCAAGACAACGACAAUGCUCUGGUGGACCUGUUCAAGGAUGACGUCUAUAUGGAAUCGGAUUCGGACAGCAGUUCGGAUGAGGAUAAGGCGAAACCUUUAAUGGUUGUUCCUCAGGUCGCUUUUCAAGCUGCCGUGGCCAAGGUGGAACCUCAGGUCAAGGAGUCCAAGGAUACCACCACCAUCAGCAAGCCACUCGUUCCUGUACAAUCCACUCCCUUUCUCGCCUCACCAGAGUCACUAAACCCCGUCCAUUUAAUGACCACCACCUCAAGUCCCGCAAAGGUCGUAGAGAGCAAACCCAUUGUUUCCUCUGGUCUGGACUCGCUGCUCACGGCACAGUCUUCAACUUCUUCGUCUUCAGUCUCUUCGUCUUCGGCCUCUUCGUCACCAGCCUCCUCGCCAUCAUCCUCUCCAACUCCCGUGAGAUCGCCAGCCCCUUCACCAGCUCCCGCCCCUCGACGAGAAUCCGCCUCGAUCUUUGCAACCCCCGCCGUCAUCGCCAGUGCAUCAACACCCUUGCCCGAGAAAGCGCCACUCUCAGACGCCAUCUCUUCCUUCUCGCCUUACCGCGCCUUCACCGCAAUCGCAACUGCACCUGCAACAUCACCCAUCAUGUCUAGAACAACGUCAUCAUCUUCGUUGUCGUCUUCGUCGUCGUCGUCUACUUUUCUCAAGCGUCCCUCUCCAGACCAGUCCCGUCACAUAGUCUCCCCCGAACGCCCCAAGAAGAAACAGGCCGGUUUCGCAAUCUCGGUCCCUCUAGAUCCUUUCCGCGCUCUCAGCCCUGAGGACAGGAGCGAUGAGGACUCUGAGGAUGAUGUUAGAUAUUCUCAAGAGGUCUUGUACUCGGCCCUAUCAAGACCUCGUCGUACCCCCUCACCUGUCAAAGACGAUGAGGAGGAAAUGCCAGUGUACAUACCACUCAACCUGGUCGUCAAGCAGCAGCAGGAGGAUGAGGAUGAGGAUGAGGGGGAGAGCCAGUCGGACCAUGAGCAAAUCCGCAGCGAGGUCAUACUUGUGAAGGUUGAUGACCACCAGGAGGAUGAGCCAUUGAAGAGCGAGGCCCCGUGGCAAGAGCCAAUGUCGAUCACCAGCUCCUCCGAGCAGUCGUCGCCGUCGUCCCAGUUAACGCUAGUCGACAUCAAGCAAGAGCAUCUGUCGCAGAACCCGUCUACUGUGCAGGCACAAUACCGGGAAGCUGAAGCAGAGGCCAACAACGCCACCGCCGCGGCCUCAGUGCUCCUCAAGCUUUCGACCACCCGGGUCUUUUCGGACCGCGAGGACGAGGAAGAGGACCAGCAACUCUCACCCGUCGUCUCUCCUCCUGGUGCUUUGCUCGAGUACCUCAAGUCGGCCAACUCCCCUGCUUCCCCCAAGGAACAACAGCCCGACUUGUCGGCCGCCCCCAAACACCCUCUCUCGGAGUCAGACUCAUCUGCACCCGCACCAAUUCAAGCACCUGUGCCAACGACACCCUCCAAGAAGUCGCUGGCUGAAACCAUGGCCGCGUACCCUACUUUUGCGUCCCUUGCCAGUCUCCGUGGCCCCGAUAUCCCUGACACGACCUCCAACACGGACGAGAUUGUCGCCUUCUUGGAUAAAGACAUGGAGGGCCUUUCGCGCGAUAGCAGUCUGACAGGUCCUCCAUUCUUCUUGCCUGUCCGUCCACAGGGUCUCCCUGCCAACCACAUCAACAAGGUCACCCCCACCAGGGUCGCAGACAUGCCUCCUCCUCCUCCCUUCGACGACGAGAGUACCGUCAGUCCUGAACUCCGACCCUCUGUCAGCCCCAUGUUCGUCCCCAAUAUCGAAAAUCGCAACAAGGAGGAUAUUAAGAUGGACGAUCUGGAUCUCGAUCGGAUUCCUGAAACUCAGUUGCAUUCCGAUAACGAGGACAGUAUCUUCAACAUCCCCUCUUCUCAACGUCCUGCUCUUCCCGGAACGGGGAUCGCAGCAGCAGCAGCAGCCAAGGCGCCUAACGGGUGGGUCGACGAUACCCGUGAUGCCAUGGACGAUUUCCAGUUUAGCGACGACGAGGAGAGGAGGGCUACGUUAAAGAGACGGGCUUUGGAGGUGGAUUUGGAGGAGCUCUCCGAGAGCGAGUAUGAACAACAGCCGACAGAUAUCCCUGAGGGCAUGUUUGGACAGAACCGUGUCAGACAGCCUGGGCAACCCGAGUACCGCUACGAGACUGUCUUUAAGGACAUUCACUUGACUCCUACCCCGAGCGUAGAUUCCGUCCAACCCAAGCGGCCCAGACUCUCGUCGCCUUCUUCUGGCUCUGGCUCUGGCUCUGACUCUGACUCUGAUGGAUCUGACGCCGAAUCCUCUAUCGUCUCCUCCGACGAGGACGAGGACGAGGACGAUGACAAAGGUGCUGCUGCAAACGCCAAGAAACCACACCCGUUGGACGCACUAGGCGAGCUACCACCAAUGAUCUCCAGCCAGAGUUCAUUCUCCAUCAUGCCAACUCUGACCGCCCUCUCUCAAGAACGGACCACAAUGACCAAGAAGAUGGGCUCCCUCGAAAUGGCCCUCAAGCAGCAACGUGACGACGACAACGAUGAAGAUGACGAUGAUUUCGCUAUCACCAUCAAGCAUACGGGUCCCCCACCAGUCGUCCGUAGUCGCGGUCGUGGAGGAGCCGUCCGUGGAGCAGGAUUAACUCGCGGAGCCUCGUCACCUGGACGUGGCGGUCGUGGUGGCCGUGGGGGUGUCACUAUUGCGGCGGCGAGGACUGGUGGGCGACAUCCCGACAGUGACAGUGACAGUGACAUUGACAGUGGCAGGGGUAGAUCCUCUCUUCAAAACCUCUUUUCGUAA